AGAUGCAGAAAGAAAAAUUGAAAAUAAUGGAGGGGGGAAAAGAGCACGGAGUGAUUGUGGCGAAAUUCUCGCCGCCGCAGCAGAAUCUGAUAGAGCAGUUGCAGGUCAAGUACAAGGAGUUGGAGAAAGGGUUCCAGGCAUGGCUGGCCAAGCAGACUUUGCCGGUGGAGACGGCAGUUAAUUCCGCCAUCAACGGUGCCCAGGGUGCCGCCAUGGGUUACUUCAUGGGCAUCCUCACCAAAGACGUCUCCACUUCUAUGCCAACUGCUUCCCAGGCUAACCUCAACCCCCAAGCCAUGGCUUCUUUCCAGCAAGCCCAGGUCCCAAUUUCUGUUCCUUAUGAACAAUCCCUAUUUUAUCUCUCUAUGAAUUUGAGGAUGUUCAGUUCCAUGUUACAUUUUUCCUGUAUAUAAUCUCCAAAUUUUUUGAUGUUUACCUGCAGUGAUGAUACCUUCUCUUGUUGCUAUGGCCUGUUAGGUUCUUCCAAAAUAAACAGCUGAUGAAAAAGUCAUAAACUUUAUCAAUUAGUUACAUCUUUUAAUUUCAGGAAUGGUAGUAGAAAAAAGUGUCAUCUUUAGGAAUUACUUUCAAUUGGGUCUUUUUUCUUGUGUUUCUUGGAAUUGAUCCUGUUCUUAUCAGUGCAUUAGCUUGAGAUACGUGAAGCCUCUUUUGUGUAGUAUUUGUAUAAGCAUUGAAUGAGGUCUUUAUUGAUAUAUAUUAACAGGCUCUAGCAGGGGGUCCUCUGAUACAAGCUCGAAAUUUUGCUGUAAUGACUAGUGUUAACGCAGGCAUAUCUACUGUAAUGAAAAGAUUGAGAGGGAAGGAGGAUAUUCAAAAUAGGUGACUUCUUUUAUCUAUCAUCUACCCUUUUCCUAUUCAUUAUUUUUCUUUCAGAUCAUUUGAAAUUACUUUCACUGUUCUCUCCACUUGCUUUUUUCCCAUUUUCUAAAUAUCCUUUAGUUGUCUUGAUAGUUGAAAACGUGACUUCCUUCACUCAUUUUCAAAAGUUUGGUUACAAAUGUGUAUGUUUGUUGGGUUGUGGUUGUGGCUUUGGAGUUUAUUGCAGUUGAUCAAAAACACAGUAGGGAAAAAGGAAAAAGGCAUAAAAGAUGCCAGAGAUA